AUGCUAGUCAACAGUCUUGGGCUGUUGUGGCUAGGCCUUGCCUAUGCCCAUGGUCACUCUCACUACGGCCAUGAGCGCGGCCGUUCCCACCAUCCACAUGUGCGGCGGGACGUGGCUCAGCCCUACAUCAGUACAAGACUGCCGGGCCAAGUUGAUAUGCUCGGUUCACCGGUGUUUGUGGGAGAUAAGCCUGGGUUGCCGCCGGGAUCUCCUCAGCCGGCGCCAAGCUACAUGAAAGACAAUGUCAACAACUUCUUCGGUAGCGCGCCAGAUCAUGGCUCCAUGACGGGCCCUGUGCUAGGACCCGUGAAUUCAACGGUGAAUGGCGAGAGGCACGGCAUGGUUCUUGCUACAAAAGUCAGUAGUGACGACUACUGGCUGUCAAGUCUAGGGAGCGUGGGGUCGAUGCCCUUCGCCCCCGCCGGAUACCAGUUCUUUCGUAACGUCAAGGACUUUGGCGCCGUCGGAGACGGGGUGACGGACGACACAGCGGCCAUCAACCGGGCGGUGGCAUCACUCAGCGCGUCAGACCAUUCAACCCUGCGUUGUGGGGAGAAGUGCGGUUCGACCUCCUCGCUAGGCGCCGUGGUAUACUUCCCUGCUGGAACAUAUCUCAUCAGCACACCCAUCAUACAGUACUACUACACGCAAUUUGUGGGCAAUCCCACCCUCAAGCCUGUAAUCAAGGGCGCGAAGAACUUCACCGGCAUUGCGCUGGUCGAUACGGACUUUUACAUCCCCGGCGGCAAUGGAGCCGAAUGGUACAUCAACCAGAGUAAUUUCUACCGGCAGAUCCGCAAUUUCGUCUUUGACAUGACCGGCAUGAACUGGACCAACACCGACAAGGAUCAGACCUAUGUCCCGGCGGGCAUCCAUUGGCAGGUCGGCCAGGCCACGUCCAUCACCAACUGCGAUUUCCAAAUGGCCGUCUCCACGGCAGACCAUUCCGCGACAGCCGUGGGGAUCUACAUGGAGAACGGCAGUGGUGGGAUGGUGUCUGAUCUGACUUUUACAGGCGGAAAUAUUGGUUUCCUCGCGGGUAGCCAGCAGUUUACCGCCAUCAAUCUCCAGUUCACUUCCUGCCUGACCGCCAUCAAGUCCAUCUGGAACUGGGGCUUCACCUGGAAGAACAUCUAUGUCCUGUCAUGCUAUAUUGCCAUUGACGCUACGGAGUAUUCCGGAGCGGGCAAUCAGGGAACGGGCUCCAUCGCGGUAGUCGAUUCCCACUUCAGCGGCGUCCCGUAUGCCAUCACCAUUGCCCACACGGCAAAUGAGCAGCCGAACAUUGUCCUGGACAAUUUGCUAGUCGAGAACUCGGCGUCCGUGGUCCUCAUCUCUGGAGGAGAGACCCUCCUGCCUGGCUCAACCGGCGCGCUUUACUUCAACUCCUGGGUCAGUGGGUAUCGGUUCCUGCCUGAUGGCUCCGCAGGUAAAUCAAACGGGUUUAUUAAUCCCGCGCCGAACAAACCAUCUCUACUGCUGGACGGCUCGGGCGCCUUUUUCCGCAAGCCAAAGCCGCAGUAUGUGGGCGUAACACCCGUCGUGGCCACCGAUCAUGGGAUUUCCAACGACGGCACGGGGGACCAGGCCAGGGCCAUUAACGAGCUUCUAUCAAGCUACCUGGGAUCAGUCAUUUUCUUCCCUGCUGGGGUAUACCUGGUUGAAAGCACCGUCCAUAUUCCCGUAGGGAGUAAGAUCAUUGGUUCCGGUUGGAGUCAGAUUAUGGGGACUGGGUCCACAUUCGAGGAUGAGAGUAAUCCCACCGUCGUGGUCCGGGUGGGUCACAAGGGGGAUCAGGGAGUAGUUGAGAUUACGGAUAUGCUCUUCACUGUCAAGGGAGCCACAGCUGGUGCAGUGCUGAUGGAAUGGAAUGUCCACGAGAGUACUCAAGGCAGCGCCGCCAUGUGGGACAGUCACUUCCGCGUCGGUGGCGCCAAUGGCAGCAAUCUGGGUCUUGCCGAUUGUCCCAUCGGAGGGGACGCGGUGAACAGAAAGUGCAUGGGUGCCUCGAUGUUGAUGCACAUCACCAGCGACGCGUCAGGCUACUUUGAAAAUGUCUGGGCGUGGGUGGCAGACCAUGACUUAGACAGUCCUCUGAAUGCGCUUGCCACCGAAAGUCCUGAUGGCGUGCCGCUGAAUGUUCAGACCGACAUCUCAGUCUACGUUGGACGGGGCAUACUUAUCGAGUCUCAGGGGCCAACGUGGCUCUACGGCACGGCCAGCGAGCAUGCGCAAAUGUACCAGUACCAGCUUUUGAAUGCAGCAAAUAUCUACAUGGGUCAUAUGCAGACAGAGACGCCCUACUACCAGCCCAAGCCUAACGCCCUCUCACCCUACACGGCAAACAGCUAUUUCCUCUCGGACCCAACGUACAAGGACUGCUCGGAUGACCUCUGUCGGGGCGCGUGGGCACUCCGAGUCCUCAACUCAACCGAUGUCUUCAUCUACUCGGCAGGGUUCUAUUCCUGGUUUCAGGCAUACGACGAGAGCUGCGUAUCCGUCGAGCACUGCCAGCAGUCCCUCAUCCAGACCAAUUAUGCAAAGGGACUGUGGAUGUACAACAUCUUCACCAAAGGCAACGUGGAGGUUGUGUCGCCUGAGGGAGGCCUGCCUGCAUUGCUCUUCAACGACACGACGCGGAAUGGUUUCACCAGCGAGAUUGCAGCGUGGCUGUCCCUGUCAACCGGUGGAGGAGACAUUGGAUCUGACGGCGAUGACUCGGGAGCGGUUUAUAUUGAUCCCGUCAUCUGGAGCGAACCAGACGAUGGCAGGAAUAUCUCCUGCUACCCGCCAUGCACCUACGUAUUGCCUCCCACAACGCUCCCAACUCCAAGAACAUUUGUGUAUCCGACUCUGGUAACGGGCAUUGGCGUUGGCUACGAGGUGCCCACCUACUACGAUGACAAUGGGAGUACAACCACCACGACCACGUACAUCACGAGCACUACGACGACCACUCUCACGAUUCCGGAUGUCGUGACCCCUGUGGUUGGGUUCUGGGACGUUACCAUUGAACCCAGCGUGACGGCUUCAGUCAUCAUACCAACUCCGAGCAUCAUCCAGAGUGCCUUCAACAUUACCUGGCCGCCUCUGGUACGGAACUCCAUUACCUACCCCGGGACUGUCGUGCCUUUCUAUCCACCCCCGUGGACACCGGACCCGCCGAGCUCGACUCCGACUCCAACGUCAACGUCAACUACCACGAUUGGUGGAGGGUCAACGUCAACGUCAACUACCACGAUUGGCGGAGGGUCAAAGACGACCGGGAGCCAUGACCACGAUUACCCUCCAGUGACGCAUCACAGUGGCCCACCCAAGCCGAAAUGCACUGACCGCAAGAUCUGUGGCAUCGGGUGUCAUGAGGGGCUGGGAGGACUCCUCAAUAGGAUCUUUCACGUGUGUAACCCAUGCUGGACGGGCUGUGGGGGCAUCGACUCUCCCAAUAACUUCCCGAAUGACCCCAACGAUACACCAGAUGAUGAUGAUGACCCCAACGGUGAUCCAUCAGAAUCCAAGUCCGAAUGCUCGACUGCAACGUAUAGCUCCUGCAGCACGGCAUGUGUCACGGCGUCCUCCACCAGUUCGUGCUCGUCAACGUGCAGAGACAUUGUGGGCUGCGACACAACCGGCACGUCAAUGGUCGGCACCUACACCCUGCCGCCCAUGCUGGCAGGCACCGCCGAGACCUGGUCCGAUGAGGGCUACACGGCCGGCGACCUAGCCGCUGACUGGGCUGCGGGCUCCUCGAUCUACAGAUCUGAGCACUUUGGUUCUAGCACAGGACCGAUCACUAGUGGGCCCAGUCCAACAUCCGGCGGCGGCGGAGGAGGCACCAUCACCACGAUCACAAAGGUGGAGAUCGAGACCGAGACGUACACCACCACCUACCCCGUGAGCGUGGGCGUGGUAGCCAUGGCAGGCGCCCAGCGAGUUGGGUACCGCAACGUUGUAAUCAGCGACUACGACCUCAACUUCUUCACCGUCUCGGAGACGCGCAAUGUCUGCGAAGGGAAAUUCUCAACGGAGUAUGGGGCUGCUUCGCCGCGGCCGAAGUCAUGGACAGAUAUUCCGCAGAGUGUCACCUUCUUCUCGAACCUGGAUCUGCUAGCGACGAAGUAUACAAACUGUGUAUAUACAAAUGCGGCGGCGCCGAGCCCGGGGGAUGGUGGGACGGUCUCGUGUGACGGGCUGACACUCCCGUGUCAUGUUGAGACGGGGCCAAUCCUGGGAUGUAAUCCGGAUAUGCUGGCUGGGUGGCUGACGAGUGUUAAGCCGCUGGUUAACUGCCCAGUGAGGACGAUGACAAGCUCGUUGGCUACCGCAACGAUUACCGUGACGGAGACGCUGACGACGACGAUACCAUAG